GGGUUCUUCUUGCCCGAGAGGGUUUCAAAAAAACGCAAUAGGAAAAAGGGACUUCCUUUUGUAUAUUGUAUAAUAUGAAUGACUCAACAAACUUUGACAUAAGUCAAUUACGUAUUAGAAAAGUAACCGCUUCGUUAUGUGUCUGCUCCAUUCAUGUAUUAAAUGAGGUAUUCCCUUUUCUUUUGCUAUAUAUGCUGACGCCGCCAGGUACUGCUGCUAUCCAAAACCAAGUUGAAGCGAUUCUGGGACAUGGGGGAGACCAUGCUUAAGAUUCCCACAAAGCUGGAGUACUAUGAUGACAUGUGGAAGCUCCAAUCCACUGCCACGCUCCUUUCUCACUUCAAGGGAGAUGAUGACAGACAUGCUUUGAUACUGGAUCGUACAAUCUUCUAUCCACAAGGAGGUGGUCAGCCGGCGGACACUGGUUUGGUACACAUUGAUGGCUCAGACAUCAAGUUUGUGGUUCAUGAUGUUCGAUCCAAAGAUGGAAUUGUUUUUCACUAUGGUUUCUUUGAGAAUCUGGGAGGGGAAUUUGAGCCCACACUCGAUAAAGGGAAGGAGGUUUCACUGUUUGUUGAUGAGCCCAGGCGAAAACAGAAUUCCGGGUUGCAUUCAGCCGGGCAUUUGCUUGAUAUUUGUCUCCCAAGAAUAGGAUUGGGUCAUUUAGAGCCUGGCAAAGCUUACCAUUUUCCUGAUGGGCCCUGGGUUGAAUAUAAAGGCACAAUUCCACAAGAUGAAAUGAGGAAUAAGCAAAAGGAUUUAGAGCUAGAGGUUAAUGCUUUAAUUUCAGUGGGAGGAAAAGUUUCUGCUGAUAUAUUACCUUAUGAUGCUGCCGCUAAGCUUUGUGGUGGUUGUCUUCCUGAUUAUGUUCCCAAGGAAAGCACACCUCGCAUUGUGAGGAUAGGAGAUAAUCCUGGCUGCCCCUGUGGUGGAACCCAUGUUGCUGAUAUUUCAGACAUCAUACGAAUUAAGGUUUCUCAAAUUCGGUCGAAGAAGGGAUCAACAAAAGUCUUUUACAAUGUAGAUCCAAAGUGAUGACUACUCUUGGAUAGGUUUUGUUGGCGAUUAUCUGAUUUAUAUCAUAUUUAGGCACUUACAGAUAUUGAUUAUGGUUUCCAUAUCACUAGUACUACGGUGAUUUUAUAUCUAGUCAUGAGCAAAUUUUGUAUGGAUAAUGAGUUUGAAAAUAACAGUUAUGUAAUAGCUUAGGUUGCGGUCAUAGUGAUACACAUGAACCUUCUUCCACCCUUUCUU